UUUAUGAGAUUCACAGAGUAUGACGUGGCCGUUUUCUCGCCAUGCGGCUAGCCAGCCCACGGCUCUGAAUUGAACGCCGUCGUUUAGCUUCCUCAACUCCUCUAACUACCAAAAUGCCACGUUCCCCAAUUUUGAAUUAAAAGUUCAAUUCCUACCCUAAUUGGAAGGUGAAGAGCAGUGACGGUUGGAAUUCGAUCGCCGACGAACGAAAUAAGAUGAUGAUGAAGCUGAAUUUUGUAGCGCAGCAGUGGGUUUUGAUGGGGAGGCGAAUUCAGACGCCAUUUUCAAUGCCCCGCAUGUUUUCUUCUGCAAUUAAACAAUGUGAAGGCGGUGUUUCAAUGGUUCAAGGUGCUUCCAGAGGCAUUGGCCUUGAAUUCGUUAGACAAUUGUUAGAGAAAAACAACAAAGGGCAUGUUGUGGCAACAUGUCGUAAUCCUAACGGUGCGAACGGGCUUUUGGAAUUGAAGAAUAAAUUUGCCGAACGGCUAGAUAUUCAUCAGCUAGAUCUCACCGUUGAUAGCACAAUAGAGGCGGCAGCAAAAUCUGUGGAAGAUAAGUAUGGUUAUCUAAACCUUCUCGUAAAUGCAUCUGGAAUCCUCUCAAUACCCAAUACUCUGCAGCCAGAAACCACAUUGAACAAACUUCAAAGAGAUUCGUUACUUCUCAACUACGAGGUCAAUGCUGUUGGCCCUAUUUUGGUUAUCAAGCAUAUGUGGCCUCUGCUCAAGGUUGGAGGUGGUACUGGAACAGAGAGAAGCUUAGCAGUUGUUGCCAACAUAAGUGCGAGAGUGGGAUCGAUCGGAGAUAAUCGUUUAGGAGGGUGGCACUCGUAUCGGUCUUCAAAGUCCGCACUUAAUCAAUUGACGAAGACUGUGGCGGUGGAAUUUGCGCGCAAGAAAGAUCCAAUUACAUGCAUUCUGCUGCAUCCAGGCACAGUAGAUACAGAUUUAUCGAAACCAUUUCAGAAAAAUGUUCCAGAAGGAAAACUCUUCACCAAAGAGUUUUCGGUCCAGAAGCUACUGAGCAUCAUCAACAAUGCCAAAGCAUCUGACAAUGGCAGGUUCUUUGCUUGGGAUGGUCAAGAGAUUCCUUGGUGAUAUAACAAACCACCAAAUGGAUCAAUUUAGAUAUUUAGUUUUAGAUUAUGGGAUGAAAUAUCGAUCAGACCGCUUAUCUUCGUUUUUUUUUGUUUUCGCUAAACGCAUUAAAGUACUCAAAAUUCUUAUUGCAAUAAUCUUUCU